CCCAAUUUUAUAUUGCAGAAUGAAAGAGAAAAUAGAGCCAGGAAGAAGAGCAGACAAUGGUUUCAGAUUAAUUACAUAAUUGGUUAGAGUUUUAAGAAAUGAUUCCUGGUCCUGAAGUUAUUUAAUGCAAUGCAAGUGGAUAUAUUUUAGCAUUGUAAUAUAGUAUGGAGAGAUCUAAAAAAAUAUUCUGAUCUUCUAGACAGGCUUGAUUUAGUCUUACACCUUAUAAUCGAAAUGUAAGACUCGUUCUUGUCGGAUAAUGGAAUUAAAGUUGUUAUAUUGGAAACACUUGUUAACUGUACAAUGCUUAUGUGUUUGUCUUCAAUUAGAUGAUGCUACUGUUAAAUUUAUCAAGAAAAAUCACCAAUCAACUUUAGAAUGUUUCAUUGAAAAGCAAGAAAUUAAACUCUGGCAAGUGGGAACUGACAAACUUAGCGCCCCUAAAUGGGUGCCUCUUAAAACUUCUAGCAUGGAAGCAAGUGUGAAUUCUGACAAAACCAACAUCUUAAACCUCACUGUUACUUCAAACUAUGAUAUAAGAAUUGAUUGUCAGGGCACUGAAAAGAUAAAUAAAUUUCUAAUAAUGCCAUUAUUUAAUGAUAAUGGGAAUCUUUACCCAAGUUCUGAAACACCAAAUGCCAUAAAGGAUAAAAAAUUCACAUUGAAAUGUAAAAAUGAUGAUACUGGAGUAAUUUGGUUUACUGGAAAUGGAACAGUUAUUGCAAAAUACAUUGGAUUAUUCAACCAAAAUCGUUCUAGAUAUUUUGGUAGCCGUCAAGAAACUCAUUGCCAAAACAAAACCUGUGCAUUGAGUAUAACCAACAUUAGUUUAGAUGAUGACAACAUGAGCAUUGUUUGCAAGACUAACUUCCACACAAGCUUGUUCAAUAUUAGAGUAUUUGUUUUACCAAAAUCAGUCACAAUCAAGGCUAUUUCUGAUACGGUUCUUGUGGAAAAUCAGAAUAAAAGCUAUGAAUGCCUUGUUACAGACACCAACCUUGAAUUUUCAGUCUUUUGGCUGAUAACAUGGAAAAAUGGGACACAAAAAAAUGUUACAAAGCAUAUUUCAAACAAGUCAAGCAAAUCUGGAAAGCUGACCACUUCAUCAUCAAAACUGACGUUACAUCUUAAUAAGAAGUUUAAGGAUUUACAGUGUGUUGCAUAUUUUCCGGGUAAAAGUGAAUUUGUUUACCAUUCGAUGAAACUUGAUAUGCCCAUAAAAUAUACUCCAAUGAAAAAGAUCACUUUAAAUGUUCUUACGGCAAAAGUAUGUGCUGGUACACCAAUGAAAUUUCAAUGCAGUUGGAAAGGUGGUAAUCCACCAGCAAGCGUGACCCUGAUGUAUAAAAAUAUAUCAAAUACUAGUAAAGAAGAUGUUGAACUUAGAGUAACUUCCUCUAAAUCUCAUCAAAUAGUCAAGUGUCUGGGCUCUCAUAUUACUGCAAAUGUAUCUUAUGAAAAGAAUAUAACUGUUUGCUCUCUACCUGAAAGGAUAAAAAUCAAGAGUGAUGAACCCUUUCUUGAAGGCCAAGAAGGCAAUUUGCAUUGUGGGACAAUAAAUGGAUAUUCAGAAAAAUAUAAUUACAGGUGGAAUCGAAAUAACAGUACCUCAGAAAACAUCACACUUCCUCAAAUUCAUCGAAAACUAAAUAACAAGGUUUACACUUGUUAUGUUUCAUCUAGAUGCAAUAAGGAAUGUAAAAUACAUAAAAAGCAUUGGGUCAAUGUUGAAUAUGUACCUGAUAUUACUGCAUCAGAGGAUGUGACAUUAAUUGAGAAUCAAGCAUCCAUUGUAAACUGUUCUGCAAAAGGAAACCCUAUCCCAGAAGUGAGGUUGGAAUGUAGAAAUCACAGUUUUCCUUCAAACUCCCCAUUUACUUUUAAUCGUAGAAAUAUCAGUGAUGUUUUCUGUGUUGCCAAUGCAAAGAGCACAAAGCAUGGAAAUCUGACAUCUCGGAAAAAAAUUAAUAUCCUGUUGAAAUAUCCUCCUCAGGUAAACAUUAAUAUUUCAGAGGGGAUGUACAAUGCUACAAUAAUUAAUUGCACUGCAUCUGAUGGAAACCCAGAGAUUUAUGAAUACAAACUGAAGCAAAAAUGGGGAAAUGCCACUAAGAAUACUUAUAAUAUGAAUGUAUUAUCUAUAAACAAUCCUUCCUUCAGUAAUACUGGUACAUGGGAGUGUCAUGUAAGCAAUGAAGAUUUUCAUGUCAAUAGAUCAUCAAGCUACAAAAUUCCAGUGAAACCUAUUUUCAGUUCAGUAUUCAAUGAUCCUAAGAGAAAUGUUUCAAAUGGAGAAACUGUAAUUUUCAAACAGUGUUUUUAUUCACAUCCAAAAUCUGAUGUAAAAUGGCAAAAAAACGAGGAAUCAAUUGACUCAGACAAAUAUUCAACAACUGAUUAUUUAUCAAGUGAAUUUCCUUUCAAAGGAAGCUGUACUAGUUUAAAGAUAGAAGACAUCAAAGGUAAUGAUUUUGGUAUAUAUGUCUUAACAGUAGAAAACCCCAUAGGGAAAGAAGUGACUAUUUUUACCUUGAGAUCUGAAGAAAUUACAGAAGACUUUUUGGUAACAACUAUUUGUUGUACUGUAGGAAGUGUAUUAUUAUUAUUAAUAACUUUGAGGCUUCUUGCUUAUAAAUUCCACAAAAUAAGAGUCCUGGAUGGUGCUUAUGAUAAUCUUUCAAAGAAACCUGAAGCUGUGGAUGAUCAUUAUAUUGAAGUUAGUGAACUCCAAAACAUGUGCCUACAACUCCCUGUUUUUGAAGAUGAACAUGCUGAAGAUAGCGAGCCUAAAUAUGUAUGCAUGAAACAACCCAACUUGGAUGCUGUUUAUGCUAACAUUCCAAAGAAACCUGAUGUUUUUGAAGAUGAACAUGUUGGAGAUAGUGAGCCCAAAUAUGUAUGCAUGAAACAACCCAUUUUUGAAGACGAAGAUGUUGGAGAUAGUGAGCCCAAAUAUGUAUGCAUGAAACAACCCAUUUUUGAAGAUGAACAUGCUGAAGAUAGCGAGCCCAAAUAUGUAUGCAUGAAACAACCCAACUUGGAUGCUGUUUAUGUUAACAUUCCAAAGAAACCUGAUGUCAUGGAUGUUGCUUAUGUUAAUCUUUCAAGGAGACCUAAUGACACUGUAAAUGAUAGCCUGAAUGACAUUUAUGAGAACAAUAAUCAAAGGAAUGAGAUUGAAGGAGAUGGCUAUUACAGCACUUUGAACACACCCGACUAAACGCUGCUUGUCACAGCUUCCCACAAAAUACAUCUCUUCCUUCUAUCACUCUCUGGACUUUAGAUUACCAGUGAAGGGGUCUAUGUUCUUCAGAUGAACAAAAAGAACCUAAAACCUUGUAAUAUAGUAUAUAACACCUAGAACUGAAUGAAAUCUUGCGAGCAACCUAAGUCAGUCUCAUUGUCAUCAUUUCAUGGAACACUUUUUACAAGCACUACAGAUUUGAACUAAAUAUCUGAUACCACCAUAACAUUAUUGAUCUCUGUUAUAUGCUGAAUUGCAUCAUUGUUUUUUGUAUUCACUGCAUUGACAAAUUUUUGGUUGAUUUUUAAUUGUUAUAAAUGUCUAUCUAUAACUAAACAUUUGCAUAAAUGAAGUAAACCAGUUAAAUUUUGGUAUUUCUUUCCUCCUAUAUGAGUCAUCAUCAGGUAAAAUCACUAUGGAUAAUUAGCAACAUGGCUGUGACUGCAUGAUCAAAAUUCGUGAUGUUUGUCUUACAAAAGUUCUGUAUAUACUUUCUGUUAUUUUACUUCACUGUGAUCUUUGUAUUUUGAUUUCCUUCUAUCACAUUUAAAUAUACAUAAAUUCAGAAUUAUAGUCCAUGGCAUUAUUAAAUUCAAAUUUGAUUUUUCUAGCCCUUUUGAAUCUAGGGUCAGCUUUCUUUUAAAUACUCAAAUUAUAUAUACCAGAAUUAAUUUUUUUCUCUUGGUGAUUGUGAGGCUAUAUUUUUUGAUAUCCACAUGUAACCAUUCUUUCAAUACAUGGAAUUCUCUCAGCAACAAUGCAUGUUGGAAGUUUUCCAACUAUGCUUACAUACAGAAAGCAUAAAAUUAAAGAUCUUAUUUCAUUCCUUCUUUUGGAAGUAUUGAAUACGCGAUACCUAGUUUAUUACUUUUGUUAUUUUAUCUCUUCUCUCUAUACAUUUUAAAUUCUAUUCUGAUCUUUAGAUAUGAGCUUUGCAACUAUGUUAUUAGCUGUAGGUCAGGCCUGAUUGAGCUGACCUAUGAUUGGUGUUCAGUCAUGAUCAUCCCGUUUUUUUAGAAUUAUGUCAAGGUGUAUAUUAUCAUUCCUUGUGAACAGUUAUCACAUAAUUCCCAUAAAAGAUUAUUCUAAUCUUAAAUAAUUCCCUGAAAUAUUUAAUUUGUUACCAAGUCAUCAUUGUCAUCACUGUCAUUUAACAUCUGCCUUUAUGCUGGCAUGGGUUGAACAGUUCUGUUUAACAAUUUAAAAAAUGUGCUAUCUUGUGCAUUUUAGAUAGUAAUCAUUUCUUCACUAUUUCAGCAAGUACUGUCAAGGCUAGGCUUUGCUGAUAAGGUCAGAAUAAAACUAAAACCUGUUCAGAGUUGAUGAAAACAUCAAAAUAUUAAUCAGUGAUUAAUAUCAUGAUGUUUUUCUAGUUGCUUAUUUAUUUCUAGUUUAUUUUUAAAUUAUUUAUGUAUUAAAUAUGUUGCUAAUAGCUUCUUUUUGUUUAGGGAGACAGAUCAGUCAAAAUUCCCUUCUAUAUGUAGAAAAGUGUUGGGCGAAACUUCAUAUGGUGUACCUAGUGCAAGCUUUGGAUACAUAAGAGGUGGAUUGGUAUCACAGGAAGAUAUAGAGAGAAAGUAGUUUUUACAUGUGGAAGAUGUGUAGGUACAGUAAAUACCAAAAAUGUACAAAAAAUAGACUCCCUCAAAUGUCUGGCAGGGAUCCUUAGAAGUAAUAGAUAAUCUCUGUUACUUAGGUGACCAAGUUAGCAGUGGUGGAGGUUGUUCUGAAAGCAUAACUGCUAGAAUAAGAAUAGGCUGGGAAAAGUUCAGAGAGUUACUACUUGUAUUAGCAAUGAAGGUCCUCUUACUCAGAGUUAAAGGCAGAUUUUAUUAUGCCUGUGUAUGAACAGCUAUGCUGCAUGGCAGUGAAACAUGGGCUGUAACUGCUGAGGACAUGCAAAGGCUUGAAAGAAUUGAUGAAUGGAUAAUGUCAGUGUCCAUUUAUGAUAGAGUGUAAGUGGUUUGAGAGAAAAACAGGAUAUGCAGGACAUCAAAUGUGGUGUGUAAGACUGUGCUGGUGCAGUCUUGUAAUGUAUAUAAGUGAGGACAAUUGCAUCGAAAGGUACUGUUUCCUAAUUGUAGAGGGAAAAUGUGGAAGUGAUGAAAAAGGAUCUUCAGAUGUUGGGCCUUACAGAGAGUAUGAUAGGGGACCAAGACUUCUGGUGGUUUGCUGUGCUUGAGAAGACAAAUCAAGUUAUGUAAAACCACGGUUGUUCUUGCAUAUAGGCAUGUCCCCAACAUCCCUCUUCAGCUGAAUAUUCCUAAUCUUGCAGGCUUGUGGGUGCUAGUACCACAUAAAAAGUACCCGUGCCAUUUCCAUGUUAAAGCACAUGUGCUGGUGCCGCAUAAAAGCAUCCACUAGACUCUUUAAAGUAGUUGGCAUUAUGAAGGGCAUCCAGUCGUAGAAACCAUACCAAAAAAGACAUGGUGCCUGGGCAGCUGUCCAGCUCCUGGCAAACCAUCCAAUCCAUGCUAGCGUGGAAAACAGACUUUAAAUGAUGAUGAAACUAUCUAACAGAAUUUGCUUUGAAUUAGCUUCAUAUCCCAGACAGAAAUUUGUUUCUUUUCUUUUUUAAUAUUACAUAAGAAUGUAAAUACUGACUUUUCAAGAAGGGUUGUUAAUCUCUUUUCAUCUUAAUUUGAUCAAUUCCUCUUCUGUUUGUAUUUUGUGUGAUUGCAUGUGCAUGUGUGUAAAACAGGUUUAAAAUAGGAUAUAAAUUGAAAAUUCUAAAUGUGUUUUUUUCAUAGGAUAUAUAACUUUUCUGUAUGAGUUUUCUGUUCACAUUAUAUUUUACAUUGUAUUGUUUUCUUUUCUAGAAAAUAAGUUUUUUCUUCAUUUUCACAUCCAUUUUUUUCAUACAGAGUUAUGGGCCUUACUUGUGGAUGUGGGAAAGGAAUGAGGUGGGAGGAAAUAACUGGAUGAUUAUAUUUACAUUAUUUACAUUUGACGGAUAAUUAUCCUCAUCUUGUUUGUUGUUAACACAACAUUUCAGCUGAUAUACCCUCCAGCCUUCAUCAGGUAUCUUGGGGAAAUUUCAAACCUGGAUUCUCAUUCCCCAAGACACCUGAUGAAGGCUGGAGGCUAUAUCAGCUGAAACAUUGUGUUAACAACAAACAAGAUGAGGAUAAUUAUCUGUCAAAUGUAAAUAAUGUACAUAAUUCCUCAUCUCUUAAAUAUAGAACUGAUUAUAUUUAGUUGAAGGAUUUCCCUCUUCAUAGGCACCACUCCCCUUGCUCCUCUGAUUCAGUUAUAAAAGCACACAUUUUUCAUACCAACAUAUUCCAUUGUGUUGACAUUGUAAUCGAUCUGAUACUAUUAUUGUUAUUGACAGCGAGAUGCAAAGCUGGCAGAAAUUUUAGCAUGCCAGACAUAAUAGUUAGCAGGAUUUCUUCUAGUUUCAUGUCCUGAGUUCAAGUUCUGCUGAGAUUGGAUUUGUCUUCCAUCCAUUUGAGAUUGAUAAAAUAAAUACUAGUUGAGCAUUGGGGUUGAUGUAAUUGGCAAGCUCCCUCCCAUCAAAAUUAUUGGCCUUGUGCCAAAAUUAGAAAGAAUUAUAGUUAAAUAUCACAUACUUACAAACACCAAGAAUUGUCUUAAUUCAAAAAGUCAUGUCACUUUGUUAACGACCAGUUUGAACUUUUGUGAAGAAGAAUGUAAAUAAAUCUUAAAGAAAACACAAACAAUAUUUUUAGCUGGAAGCAAAUUAUCCAAAAUUGCUAGUUAUAUGCAAAAGGUAACUGUAUCUUCAGUCAACCUUAAAAAUUCCUACCAAUAAAAACGGUUGACAGAAUAUGGUCACUCAUUUGGUUCACAGGAAUCUUACAUUUGUAUAAUGUCUAUAUAGAUCGUAGCAAGGGUGGCAAGCUGCCAGAAUCACUAGCACGUUGGACAAUAUACUUAGCGGUUUUUAUAACAACUUUAAGCCUUGAAUUAAAAUGCCACUAAGGCCAUCCAUUCUUUUAGAAUCAUGUCUAAGAAUAUAUUAUCCAUUAUUAAGGUUGUCAUUGUUUGCGAAUAGUCAUCAUAUUGUUCCUGCAAAAGUACUUGAAUGUUCUUAUUUUAAAUAAUUCCCUUACUAUUCAUCUAUUCGGGGGUCGACAAAAUAAAAUAUCAGUCAAAUAUUGAGCUCGAUGUAAUCAAUUAGCUUACUACCCUAAAAAUUACCGGCUGAGUUCAGAUUGGGAAUCAAUAUAGCCCAAGGGCGAUCACUCCAGCAAAUUGAAAAUUUAAACAGAUAAAAAUAACUAUCCAAGGGAGGUAAUUCGAGGAAAUUGCAUUCCAAUAUUUAUACUUGUGUGAACGUGCCGCGCUCGCGCACACACAUUUCAAUUACAAUAAUAGAGGAUAAAACUUAAAAAAAAAAUUUAAUCAGUGGCUAGCAUAUAAAAUGAGCAUGCUAAUAGAAAUAAAUGAAAUAUCUCUAUAUAUAUAUACUCACAGGAGUGUUUGUGACUUCUUUGAGUAGUGAAACGAUUUAGCAGCUAUUUCGCAGCAUGAAAAAAAAAGCAUCAACCAUGAAAAAAAGAAUUCAUGAGGUAUGCUGUUAUAACACUAGAAUGAAUAAAAAACUAUAUAUAUAUAUAUAGUGGAUUUUCAUCGAUGAGUUCUUGAAACUUGGUUAUUUUUCCUAAAACUAUAUAUUUUAUAUAUACAUAUAUAUAUAUUACUAAAAGUUAGGGUUGAAAAUCGAUUUUUACAGCUAUACGCGGGUCCCUUUGAGAGAAACAGUUGACAAAAAUGCAGAUAGGGUCACGACGAAUGUCCUCCUAAAAUUGGAGCGACAUGCAUGCUAAUUUGUGGACGUGCAUAAAUUACAUUCACGUACACACACACGCACGAUCCUGUCUUUUAUAUAUACAGAUAUGUAUG